AUGUCGUCGCGCUACGACAGCCGCACCACCACCUUUUCCCCUGAGGGCCGUCUGUAUCAGGUGGAGUACGCGGAGGAAGCAAUUUCGCAGGCCGGUACUGUUAUUGGUAUUCUCACCUCCGGCGGUGUUGUACUGGGCGCCGAGAAGGGGGUGCAGAACAGCCUCUUUGACUCGGAGAACAUGGAGGACAAGAACAUCAGCGGGGACAAGGUGUACAAGAUUGCCGACCACCUCGGCUGCAGCGUGGCCGGGGUUACCUCCGACGCCUAUGCCCUCCUCAACCUCGCCCGUCUUAGCGCGAAUCGGCACUACUACACGUACCAGGAGCCCAUGGCUGCGGAAGACCUCUGCCGGCUGGUGUGCGAUGAGAAGCAGUUGUACACGCAGUACGGCGGUGUCCGUCCAUUUGGGGUUUCCUUCCUCUUGGCUGGGUGGGAUCGCCACCACGGGUACCAACUGUACCACACUGACACCAGCGGCAACUACAACACCUGGCACGCCUACGCCAUUGGUCAGAACGACCAGGUGGCCCAAACGCUGCUCAAGCGGGACUGGAAGCCGGAGCUCACGCUAGACGAGGGUAUUGUGCUCUGCCUGCGCGUGCUUGGAAAGACAAUGGACACCGUCAAGCUGUCGGGAGAGCGCCUGGAGGUGGCCGUCCUGCACAAGGUGCCGGCGCCCGCCACGCAGCGGUUGUUGGACCCCUACAACACACUGCCAAGGACUGUGACAGAGUUCAAGAUUCUGACAGAGGAGGACCUACGGCCGCUGAUAGCAGAAGCAAACCGCCAGCGUGAGGCGGAGGAGGCGGCGGAGGCGGAAAAGGAAAAGCAGAAGGCGCAACGACUGGCAUCCGCCUGA